AUGCAGGCAGCUUUCUUAACAAUACAUCAAAUUGCUGAAAAUCCACUAUUGUCUACUACAACUGUUCAUUUUGAGAAGAAAACUGGCUCUGAAAAAGUUCUAUUUCGACCAUUGCUACGUGAUGAUAUUUUUGCUGUCCAACAGUUUCUUGAGUGUUUGUCAGAAGCAACACGUCAAUAUGCUACUCAUCCUAGCUACGAUUUGGAAUGUGCACAACGAUAUUGUAACGAAAUCGAUCAUGAUGAUAUAUUGAGAAUGGUAGCAAUUUCUGAAGAUAAAAAAAUCAUUGCACUAUUCGAAUUUAAUUUUCGUUUGGGCGAAUUUGAUAUAAAACGAUAUCGUACAUACGGUUUGGAAUUAAAUCCCAUUAGUGACGUACAGUUUGCACCUUGUAUUAGUGAUGAAUAUCAAAGUCAACACUUGGGCACUAAACUGCUUCACGCAAUGAUUGAUUUAGCUAAGCACUUCGGUAAAAGUCGACUUAUUGCAUGGGAUGGUGUAUUGAUCGAUAAUAAAUAA